AUGGGGUCCCUCCAUCAAAGUAGGGGAUCUUUUCACUAUUUUGGAUUCCUUCACCACUCACAAGUUUGACCCGUUUCUCUCGAAUGCGGUAAUACAAAUUUGAACGGCUCCUCUCUCGAAUAAUUCUAAUACAUCGGAUUCUUUAAAACCCUACAGCAGAGAUCUAAACUUCUUGAAUGUUGUAGACUUAUAGAAACAAGGAAGACGCUUAGAAAAGAGAGAGUUAUAAGAAAUGGCUAAGUUCUUCAUAAACCAAGCCAAGCAAUACGCUGCAGCUCGACCGAAUUACCCGAUCCAACUCUUCGAGUUCAUCUCAUCGAAAACACCGUGCCACGACCUUGCAUGGGACGUUGGUGCAGGAAGUGGCCAGGCCUCACGAUCGCUAGCCGGAAUCUACAAGAACGUGAUUGCUACCGACACAAGCUCCAAGCAACUUGAGUUUGCUGCAAAGCUUCCCAACGUACGUUACGAGCUCACACCACCAGUGAUGUCUUUGUCAGAGAUCGAACAGCUAGUUGCGCCUAAAUCAUCUGUAGACUUAGUCACCAUCGCUCAAGCCCUUCACUGGUUCGACCUACCAACUUUUUACAACAACGUGAAACACGUGCUCAAGAAACCAAACGGUGUAAUCGCCGCCUGGUGCUACACCAACCCGGAGGUCAACGCCGCCGUGGACAAUGUUUUCCGGCGGUUUUACGAGGAGAGACUUGGUCCAUAUUGGGACAAAGCUAGGCGGCUUGUGGAGGAUGGGUACAAGGGAAUAGAGUUUCCGUUUGAGAAGAUUAUGGAUGAGUCAACGGAAAGUCAAACUUUUCCUGUUAGGUUUGUGACGGAGAGAGAGAUGGGGAUUGAAGAGUUUUUUACGUAUUUGAGGUCAUCUUCGGCGUAUCAGACGGCUAAGGAUAAAGGGGUUGAGCUUUUGACGGUGGAGAUGGAAAGAGAGUUUGUUGGUUCGUGGAAAGAAGAUGGUGAAGAUAAGAAAGUUGUUAGGUUUCCUAUCUAUUUGUUGAUUGGUAGAGUUGGAGGAGAUAGUGACUGAAUAUUUUGUUUUCUUGAUUUGAAUUUUCAAAAAUAGUUUUUGAAUAAUUGAAACACUUUAAUAAAUGUCUCAGUAGUUUAGUAGCCAAAACACAUUUAUUAUGAAAAACAAAGGACUUGGGGUCUUAGACAAACAAGAGUAAACAGAAGUCGCG